UCAGCGGUGGGGAGGGGCGGGCCGGGCCGGCGAGAUGGCGGCUGCCGACUCGCCGGGCGCUGGGGAUGUGUCGCAGCUGGCGGAAAAUCUGCUGUAUGAGCUGCAGGAGAAUUUUCAAGCUCUGACUGAAAAGAUAACGCUGAGAAUGGAAGAAAUGGGUGAGCGCAUUGAUGACCUCGAGAAGCACGUUGCUGACCUUAUGGCAGAGGCUGGGAUAGAAAACACCAACGAAGAGUUGAGAGUAAAGAAACUUAACUGAGUUUCUCUGCAUUUUAUGCGUUUCCACUUGGUUUUGAACUAUAGGCUAUGUGCUCAUAGCAUGAAAAAUGUUAUAUGUUUAUCUUACCUGCAUUUAUCUGGAUUUUAAAAUAUACUGAGAUUUUAUGGGUGUUUUAAUUACUUUGGAUUUGUUUAUGCCAGCAGCCUAAGAAUACUAUUUUUUCAAAAGAACACAAAAUAUAUCUUGCUGCAUCUGUUACAGCUGUUUGACAAAUAGAAGAGGUAGUGCAAACUAAUCCCAAAGAUGCAAACUGAGGCUGUACAUUUAAGAGAAAAAGGUAGCUUAAACCACUCCUGCCCACUAUUUCUGCCCCUUAGGUAGGACUGAGGAAUCUAUCUCAUUUAAAUUUUUUACGCAUCUCUCUCUCCAAACCCUGCUUCAGCCUUCUAACGUGGCUUUCAGCAUGUCUUUUAAACAUCUGUGCCCAGAACAACUAAGAAAUGAUUUGUCCUUGAAGCAGUAAGCUGUGAGGUGGACGUAACAAGGUGAGCUUAGGUAGUGUUAUCAAACACUCUGAUGUAAAAUCACAUUACAGUUCAAGACUGUGUACUGUCUUAUGCACCAUUGCUGUCUGUUGAUACUGGAAAACUGGUAGUUUCUGUCUAGACCCAUAGAUGGAUGCCUCAGUCAGUGCUCUUAGUAUUUAUGAAACUUCAGCAUUCUCUUGGUGCUAGUGAUAUCUUACUGUUGUAAGCUUUCCUAAUUCAGAUGGAGACAAGUCAGUUAUUUUUGUCAUUUAGAGGCUGCUUACCCAAGUACAGAAAGGAGUGUCUGUAAAGUUGUUGAAGUAUUUUAGACAUCUGUUCGUUCUGAUGCCUUUCUCUUGGUGAUAAAACUGUGGAAAUUAUUUUCACAAAUAUAGAAGGACCAUCUCAUAUAUUAAAUUGUACAGAGAUGUUCUAUUUUUAUGUUGAAUCACAUUCAUGAAUAGUUAAACAAAACACUAACCUACUUAUUUUCAUUGCAGCACUGAAACGAAGGGAAAACAGCACUGCACUAAAUCUGGGAGUGUAUCAUCAUCUACAGUCAGUGUCGCUAGUCUCAAAAAGUAUCAGUGACAACAAAUACUGUACUUGUGUCAAUCUUUUUUUAAUAGCUAUUUCUCCAGUAAAAGAGUUAAACACUGGGUUUAUUUUUCUCAGUAGGGCACUAUUUCAUAUAAUUGGGAAAGAACCACUACUUUCAGAGGAGACAGUAACAUUUUGACAGAAAAUUGUAUCCUAUGUACUGAAUUAUACUUUCUUACAUUUAAGAAGUUUUA